CCUCUGCAAGUCAUACGCAGGACAAUUUGCCAUAUUCCCAACAUUCACGGGGUCUCUCCCACACUUACUCCACUGACGGCGAAGAAUCCAAAGAUUCCGUCGGCCUGAACGUUGUUCUCCGGCGACGACCUUCAAACAAAGGUUGCUCCUCGCGUACACUGGAAAACAAUUGCAGUUUUGCCUGUGAUAUUUGGUAGAAGCAUGGAGGCGACAAAUAACUUGUCGGGUCACAAUGAAAGAAUAAACAAAGAAGCUCCUCAAUUGGUUUCUUUGUUAAAAGAAAUGAGGGAAGGGUUAGAUGCAGUGAGGAGUAAAGUGCAAGAUUUAACUACAAAGGUAAAAGCAGAUCAUUUUCGAACAGCAGAUGGGAUAAGCUAUCUUGAGACCAAACAUUUACUGCUUCUAAACUAUUGUCAAUCACUUGUCUAUUAUUUGCUCCGCAAGGCAAAAGGUUUCUCAAUUGAGGGACAUCCUGUUGUUCGGAGCCUUGUAGAGAUAAGAUUGUUUUUGGAAAAGAUACGCCCAAUUGACAAAAAACUACAAUACCAAAUUGAGAAGCUCACGAGGGUUUCAGGAAAUGCAAUGGAGAAUGUAAGUGUGACUACGAAGGAAGUAGAUUCAACUCAGAAGACAGAGGAUCCGUUGAAGUAUCGCCCAAACCCAGACAUGCUUGUUAGCAAAACAAAUACAAUUACCGAGGAUGGCGUUGGUGUUUAUCGACCACCGAAAUUUGCCCCUACUUCUAUGGGAGAAGAGAAGAUCUCAAGACAGGAAAGAAAUGCUUUGAGAAAGGAGAAAGAGACCCUACGACAAGCUCGGCAAAGUGCAUAUGUGAGAGAACUGAUGGAUGAUCUUGAGGGAAGACCUGAAGAGGUAAGAGAAACUGUUGGAACUGAAAGUAGAGAACUGACUCAAUAUAAGGCGAAAAUGGAAGACCGUUCAAGGCGAGAAGAGGAGCUUUUUACCCGUGCUCCUCUUACAAAAAUGGAGAAAAAGAAAAUGAAACAUUUGAAGAAGUCAAGAAAUGGGUUGCUUGGUUUGACAGAUAGUUUCUAUGAUGAAAUUAAAACUUUACCUUUAGAGGACAAUGUUGAUGAGGCAACAACAGGCUUCAACGACGGUGGCAGUGGAGAGAGAGAACUCAAGAAGCGCAAGAGGAAGCAUUGAGGGAGAAGAAGCUCAAUCUUUGGAUGCAUAGAGCAAUGGCAAGCAUGCGUUUUUUGUCGUUGGAUAAAUGUUGUAAUUUCAGGCUUAUAUAGACAUGCAAAAUAUGAAUUUUUAUUUUUUACCCAGUUAGCUCUUAUUUAUUAGGCAGUUUUUGUUGCAACAGGUUGACGAUGGAAUUAAGAUUCGAGUCUUUUCCCUUUAUAAUUUUAUAUAUGUGGAUUCAAAACAAUUUUUUAACCGUGCGAUGUAUUUCAGAUCUGGGAUUGUUACUUAGAUGAUGAAUAUAUAUUUUUUGACUGACUAAAAAAUAAUUGUAUGUUUCAUUUUGCUAA